GCCUCUCUCUCUCCUUCUCUCCGUGGCGAGCUCGUUUAAAGUUGUCGUUUCGCGAGAGUUGAAAAGACAGACGCGAUUUAUUAAAUCUGGAGGACGCAUCGUUGCGAAACGAGCCGCUCCGUACGAUGACUUCAACCAGGAAGAUCCUGCUUCUACUUUUACCGCUCGGAAUUGUACUAUUAAUUGCGAUAGUACAUUUUUCAUCAAACGAUUCUGGAUACGCCGACAAUAUCGAAGAAAACGCUGUGAAACUGCAGACAAUCCGGCAUCGACGAACAAUACAUUAUUGCAAGUUCAAUCAGUACUAUGAUCAGGAGGAAGGACGUUGCCUGGGCGUGCCAGGAGGCGGCAAGGUGCUCCACGUUGAAAACAGACGGUCGUGCGGCGUCAACGUCCUGAGGCCGCAUUGCAGAAGCUCUCUGUAUUACCACAUCUGCAAGCGCGACAAGUCGAUCCUGGCGCAGUGCGCGAGCAGGCAGAUCUUCGACGCUCGCCUGCAGCGGUGCGCCUACUACGACUCGAGCAAACUGACUCCCAAAAUUAUUCCACCGGACGACUACAUGUACUACGGUCAGGUGACGAUGCCAAGUUGCACGAGGUCCGGUCGAUUCCCCGUGCCCGGCCACUGCUCCAUGUUUUACACGUGCGACACGAACGGUCAUCGGCUCCACCAGAGCGUCUUCAAGUGUCCGCAGAACACGGGAUACGAGGUGGACAGGGGAGUUUGCAACGCCGUGCCAGACUGCGUGAACGACAACUCGGUGGACACCACAGUCUGUGUUCCGGAUGCGCCGGGCGAGAAUGUGGAAUCUCCAAGUGGGGCUGCAGAAGGAAAUCUGAAAGAAAUCCCCGAGACACUCGAGGAAAGUCAAGCCGGCGCAGGCGAUCCCACUGUGGAAAAGGAGGAAAAUGUAAAUUCCAAGACUUACGACGACAUUACCAUUUCUACCCCUGUAAGCGUAAUAAGUGCCCCGUCGGAGAAUAAUUAUAACGAUAAUGACAGCGAUACGGACGUAACGGGUAACAGCGCGAAAUUGAACGAAGAUUUCGUUUUGGAUGAUAUCGACGAAAAGAUAAUGCACAGCCGAGUCCCGGAUCCGCCUGAAAUCGUGCAAAAAGUGUCGGACGAAGGACAGAACGAGGAGGACGGAUCGCUGUCACUAAUAGGUUUGCGAACUGCAUCACCAUCGAUGAUAGACACGUCGCAUUCCACUUCUACGACUCCAAUCGAACCGGAGUAUCGUACAAAUGCCGACGUUGACAGUGAAACAACUGAUGCCGCGCCGUUCUGUUCAGGCAGCUACAUCUUAUCAAAAUUAGGUAAGGGAGCACAGGAUGCAGCUACAGAACGGUACAACAAAGAUAUCGGAGACAGCGCAGUAACGUUACCGAAUUUCAAUAGCGAACCGAUUGACGCGGCAUCGACGAUGAGUAAUGCACCAGAAAUCCCACCAGUUAGCGAUGUAUUGUCCACGAUAAAUGAAAAAACGCGAGACGUUACCACAGAACAAUUUAGAAACAACGAAGACGGCGCAGCGACGCCAUCGAAUUUCAAUACAGAUUUAGUUAAUUUGCAUUCGGUACCAACAAUAAGUAAUGUACCAGAAUCUUCUAUAAUCAACGACAUGUCGCCGAAUAUGGAUGAAAAAAUUCAAGAAGCAGCUACCGAACAAUAUAAAAAUAACGAAGACGGCGUGGUAACACCAUCGAAUUUUAAUACUGAUUUGCACUCGGUACCAACAAUAACUAAUGUACCAGAAACUGUUUUAAUGAACGACAUGCCAUCGAGUAUAGAUGAAAAGAUGCAAGAUGAAGUUACGGAACAAUAUAAAAACAAAGAAGGCAGCGCAGCGAAGCCAUCGAAUUUCAAUACAGAUUUAGUUAAUUUGCAUUCGGUACCAACAAUAAAUAAUGUACCAGAAUCUUCUAUAAUCAACAACAUGUCGCCGAAUAUGGAUGAAAAAAUUCAAGAAGCAGCUACCGAACAAGACAAAAAUAAUGAGGACAGCGUAGUAACACCAUCGAAUUUCAAUACUGAUCUGCAUUCGGCACCAACAAUAAGUAAUAUACCAGAAUCUGCUUUAAUGAACGACAUGCCAUCGAGUAUAGAUAAAAAGCUGCAAGAUGCAGUUACGGAAUAUAAAAACAACGAAGACAGUGCAGUGACGCCAUCAAAUUUUAAUACUGAUUCGGUUGAUCUGCACUCGGCACCAAUAAUAAGUAACAUACCAAAACCUUCUUUGAUCAACGACAUGUCGCCGAAUAUGGAUGAAAAAAUUCAAGAAGCAGCCACCGAACAAGACAAAAAUAAUGAGGAUAGCGUGGCAACACCAUCGAAUUUCAAUACUGAUCUGCAUUCGGCACCAACAAUAAGUAAUAUACCAGAAUCUGCUUUAAUGAACGACAUGCCAUCGAGUAUAGAUAAAAAGGUGCAAGAUGAAGUUACGGAACAAUAUAAAAACAAUGAAGACAGCGCAGUGACGCCAUCAAAUUUUAAUACUGAUUCGGUUGAUCUGCACUCGGCACCAACAAUAAGUAACGUACCAGAACCUUCUUUGAUCAACGACAUGUCGCCGCAUAUGGAUGAAAAAAUUCAAGAAGCUACCGAACAAUAUAAAAAUGAUGAAGACAGCGUGGUAACACCAUCGAAUUUUAAUACUGAUCUGCGUUCGGCACCAACAAUAAGUAAUGUACCAGAAUCUUCUAUAAUCAACGACAUGCCAUCGAGUAUAGAUGAAAAGAUGCAAGAUGAAGUUACGGAACAAUAUAAAAACAAAGAAGGCAGCGCAGCGAAGCCAUCGAAUUUCAAUACUGAUUCGGUUGAUCUGCACUCGGCACCAACAAUAAGUAAUGUACCAGAAUCUUCUUUGAUCAACGACAUGUCGCCGAAUAUGGAUGAAAAAAUACAAGAUGCAGUGACCGAACAAUAUGAAAAUAAUGAAGACAGCGCAGUGACGCCAUCGAAUUUUAAUACUGAUUCGGUUGAUCUGCACUCGGCACCAACAAUAAGUAAUGUACCAGAGUCUUCUUUAAUCAGCGACAUGUCGCCGAAUAUAGACGAAAGAAUGCAAGAUGCAGCUGCCGAAUAUAAAAAUAAUGAAGACAGCGCAGUGACGCCAUCGAAUUUCAAUACUGAUCUGCACUCGGCGCCAACAAUAAGUAAUAUACCAGAAUCUUUAAUCAGCGACACGUCGCCGAAUAUAAAUAAAAAGACGCAAGAUGCAGUUACGGUACAAUAUAAAACCAACGAAGAUUCGAUCGAGCCGUUCCCGACACCAACAGCAAGUAAUGUACCGGGAUCCCUUCCAAUUAGCGACACGUCGCCGAAUGUAGAUGAAAAAGUACAGGAUGCGAUUACGGAACAGUAUAAAAACAACGGGGACAGCGCACCGGCUUUCAAUUCAGACUCGAUUGACCCAACAUUGAGUAGAGUAUUAGAAUCCUCUGCAAUUAACGACACGUCAUCGAAAUUAGAUGAAGAGAUACAGAAUGAAGCUACAGAAGUGUACGGGAAACAUGAUGGCGGAGCAGUAACGUUACCGAGUUCCAACGCCGAAGUAAUUGAUCCGAAUCUAGCAUCAGCGUUAAACGAUACACCGGCGAUCGCAGACAGCCCGAGGAAUGACGAUUCCGAUGUAUCCUCUCCGUCGAUUUUGCCGCCACAAGCAGCAGCUGUCGAGCAGCUUGCCACGGACGGAUUAUCCGAGGCCGUUCCUUCGACAGACAGUGAACCUGCUGACGCCAGCUUAUCUACGCCGGGUGGAGUCGAGAGCGUCUCUGCACGGUAUUCACCCGAGAACACUGACGAUUUAUACUCGACACCGACGACGGGAUCCACUUUGGUUCCGGAAGAAGAAACCGCACCGACGGACAUCGCAACUACAGUACCUUCCACGCCUCCACCUAUCACACAUUCAGACACAGAUUUAGCGAUGCAAAAUGGUAAGGAUAGCACGGAAGCAUCUCCCGUUCCUCUCACUGAAUAAGAUUACUAAUUGUAAACAAAUAAUAUACCUCAAAUGCAUUCAUAAAUAAAUUAUAUACUUUAAUCGUCACUAUACAAUCGAUGAAAGGUGUAUGUAUACGUGCAUGUAAUGCGAAUAUACGUAGAUAAAAUAAUUUAUUACGUUCCGUAAUGUGAUUCCCGUUUCUGAGGUAGACGUGAGCAAUUUACAUGAUACCGUAAAUCCAUUUUCUUACGUACAUACGUCGAGGUACGAGGAGAAAGUUAUUUUACAAAACGGGAAAGAAAUAUAGUAAUAAGUAAUGCACCUACCCUUUUACCGAUUCACAUCAAUCGUUUGUACUAAUAUAAUUUGUUCUAAAUCCCAUUAUUACAUGUUCUCUUUUUCCUGCUCGUUAACGAGCGUGUAAUAUACUCCUUUCCGUUUAAUCAAUUCCAAAUGCGUGCCCAUCUAAGGAGAAAAAAAUGUAUUAUUUUUGUACAUUAUAUAUAUCUGUAUACGGAGACGUUAAUUUCAUCGAUUAAAGCACACCUCCACAAUGA